UUGGUAAAUAUUACUAUCAUCACUCGACGCGUCGCGCCUUCCGUACUCUAUAAUGCGUAGUAAUUUAUCCAGUUACAUAUUCAUGGCGAGAGCUGCGUGCCUAGUUUAUUGAGUUUGUUUUGUUUGUAUUAAAUUAGUGUGUGACAGUGAUAAAAGGCAUAGGUACAUAUAAAUACUAAACAUAAGUACUUUAUGUCGCUGAAUGAUAAUAUUAUUGGUUUAUAUUAUGAAGUGAAGAUAUCAAGCGAACAUAUUGCCUACCUAACUACAUGAACCUGUUUACUAACUUGUGUGAUAUGGUCUCUAUACAAAUUAGUGUCGAUAUCUGUGAAAGGAGAAUAAAUCUACAAGUACAACAGAACUUACAUCAUUUAUCUCUGCAAUUAAAAACUAACUACUUAUCUUUAGUGAUACAACAAUGAGUACGGGAAAAGUUCAGACUGUUAGAGGCAACGUCUCACCCCAAGUCCUGGGAAGGACGCUAACCCAUGAGCACUUGUGUAUGAAAUUCACCCACUUUUACCGGCAACCUCCCAAAGAGUUAGAGAGCAAUUUUACAGAAGGUUUCACUUGUGAAAAGGUCGGAUUCAUUAGGCAGUAUCCAUACAGUUCGCAGUAUAAUUUAUUGUUCAAUGAUUUGGACUCCAGGAAUGCUGUUUUGAGUGAUGUCCAGCUUUAUAAAUCACUAGGUGGCGGUACCAUAGUGGAAAACUCGACGUUAGGUCUUGAGAGGGACAUUGGGUUUUACAAGCAAGUGUCAGAAUCGACAGACGUGCAUAUAGUCGCUGGCACGGGGCACUACAUCGCUGACGUGCAAGCCGAAGACACCCUGAAGAGCAGUAAGGAAGACCUGUAUAACCACAUGCUGGAAGAGUUGACCGUGGGGUGUGUGGACUAUCCGACCGUUAGAGCGGGUUUCAUGGGGGAGAUUGCUAGUGUAUGGCCUUUGAGAGAUUUCGAGCGUAAAGCAAUAGCAGCAGCAGGGGAACUUCAAGCUCAGAUUGGCUGCGGAGUGAGUUUCCAUCCGCAUCGAGAGCCCGAAGCGCCGUUUGAGAUUAUACGCAUCUACGCGGAGGCUGGUGGGAAGGUCGACAAAGCUGUCAUGUUGCAUUUAGACCGUACAUUAUUGGACCCAGCAAAACUGCUAGAAUUUUCCGAACUGGGCACAUAUUGUCAAUUCGAUCUGUUCGGUAUAGAAGUAUCUUUCUACCAGCUGAAUCUAGACACAGAUAUGCCAUCAGAUGCUCAGAGGAUCGGCAUGAUCAGACAGUUAGUUAAAGAAGGCAAGGAGGAUAAGAUACUGAUGUCUCACGAUAUACACACCAAGCAUAGAUUGACAAAAUUCGGAGGGCACGGCUACAGUCACAUAAACACCAACGUUCUUCCAAGAAUGAAGCUCAAAGGCUUCUCGCAGGAUCUGAUCGACAAAAUUACCAUUCAUAACCCAGCGAGGUGGCUCACCAUCGACCAUUAAUAUUACUAUUAGGCUGUUUUUCCAUCAGAGAUGUGCCAUUAUGCGUUGCUAUGGAUGUUAUUCUCCAAUCAUUUUUAUUGCUCCACAUAGCUCAGCAUUGGUGGAAACGGGUCGCUAUGUUUUUUAUAUGAGAUACAGAAGGACGUACGGAUGCACGAGUGGUGAAGCGCCAUGCUCUCCCUACCAUGGAUCAAAAAGUUGCAGCUAGUAACAGUGUGACUUGAUGUGAGGAAAACUUCAAUGAAUUCCCUAGAAGAGACAGUGUGACUCGUUGGGCACCCACCCCGUGGAUGCAUCGCUUAGUUCGAGUCGCGAAAAACUUUUUCCCACUACGCUGCUUCAGGGCCAAGUUGUCUGCCGAGCACUAUACACCGCUUAGUAUCAGUGGAAACGGUCACAUCCAUACUAAUAUUAUUAAUGCGAAAGUGUGUCUGUCUGUCUGCUACCUUUUCACGGCCCAACAGUUUCACCGAUUCUGAUAAAUUUAGUAUAGAGUUAGCCUAUAUCCCGGAGACGGACAUAGGCUACUUUUUAUCCCGGAAAAUCAAACAGUUCCCACGGGAUCUUUAAAAUCUUAAAUCCACGCAGACGUAGUCGCGGGCAUCUUCUAGUAGUUUUAUAACUUAGCUUUGAUCUCUUCAAAAUAUAGCUGCAUAGCACAUCUCUGGUGGAAAAACAGCCUCAUGAGACCACAUAGUCUUUUGUCGAAAUAGUAAAAACUAGAUGAGAAAUGUAAGUUAACAAUAAAAUAAGCAAAUAGCAAACAAUAA